UAUGAUUGUUUUGUAGUGGCAGUGCAGUGGUGUGGUGCGAGGGUGUUUGAAAUCAAUGGCUGCUUCAGUUGGAGGGAACGCUAACACGAGUGGGGGGGUCGAGUGGCACGUGCGUCCUCCAAACCCUAAGAACCCCAUCGUCUUCUUCGAUGUCACCAUCGGUAACAUUCCAGCGGGUCGAAUCAAGAUGGAGCUCUUCGCUGAUAUUGCCCCCAAAACCGCCGAAAAUUUCAGGCAGUUAUGCACUGGGGAGUUCAGGAAAGCCGGCCUGCCUGUUGGUUACAAAGGUUGUCAAUUUCAUAGAGUGAUUAAGGAUUUUAUGAUUCAGGCUGGUGAUUUUGUAAAGGGUGAUGGUAGUGGAUGUGUAUCUAUCUACGGACACAAGUUUGAUGAUGAAAAUUUUACUGCCAAACACACUGGCCCUGGCCUUCUAUCUAUGGCAAAUAGCGGACCCAAUACCAAUGGUUGUCAGUUUUUUAUAACAUGUGCAAAAUGUGACUGGCUUGACAACAAGCAUGUUGUUUUUGGGAAAGUGCUUGGAGAUGGUCUUUUGGUUGUGAGGAAGAUUGAGAAUGUAGCAACUGGACCAAAUAACCGGCCAAAAUUAGCUUGUGUCAUUGCUGAAUGCGGGGAAAUGUAAAUUUAAAGCAACUUCGCUAACAAAGAAUAGUUCUCUAAACAAUUGAUUGAAACCUCCGCAGCAACUGCACUUACUCCACAGAUGUGGGCUUUCUAUACAACAUAUAUUUCUGUGACCCGUAAAACUAAACAUUCUUGUUAUGGGAUUUUCUGUACGACCGGAUAAUCAUAUCA